AUGACCACCACCCAAAAGAAGAACAUCCUCAUCCUCGGCGGCUCCUACGCCGGCCUCUCCACCGCCCACUACCUCCUCCGCCACGCCCUCCCCGCACUCCCGGACCAGCCCUCCUACCAGGUCGUGCUCGUCAGUCCCGCCGCCGAGUCCAUCUGGCGCCAGGCCUGCCCCCGCGCUCUCCUGUCCGACGACAUGUUUCCCCAGGAUAAGAUCUUCCACGACAUCAGGUCCAUGUUCGCCCAGUACCCCGCUGGCUCCUUUCGCUUCGUCCACGGCGCCGCCACGAGCCUCGACCACGCCGCGCGCACGGUGACGGUCGACCUCGCGGCCGGCAUCGGCGGCAGCGGUAGCAACAGCCAAGAGAAAGUGCUCGAGUACCACGCGCUGGUCAUCGCCACUGGCGCGUCGACCGCCUCCCCGCUGCUGGGCCUCACCAGGGACGAGAAGCACCUCCGGCAGAGCUGGGCCGCCCUCCGCAGGGCCCUCCCCUCCGCCAAGUCCAUCGUCAUCGCCGGCGGAGGCCCAGCCGGCGUCGAGACGGCCGGCGAGCUCGGUGAGCACCUCAACGGCCGAGCGGGGUGGUUCAGUUCCCGGCUCGCGAAUCCGAAGGUGCCCAUCACGCUCGUCACCGCCGCGCCGGCCCUCCUGCCCGUCCUGCGGCCCGAGAUCGCCCGCUCGGCCGAGCUGCUGCUCGCCAAGGUCGGUGUGACCGUCAUCAAGAACGCCCGCGUCCAGAGUGUGAGCCCGCCGACGGCGGGGACGGACGACGUCGUGGUGCCGACGACGGUCACGCUCAAGGACGGUCGCGUCCUAGCGGCGGACUUGUACAUCCCGGCGACGGGUACGCGGCCCAAUACGGGGUUCGUCACCGACCCGGCGUUGCUGGGUGGCGACGGCAGAGUCAAGACGGACCCGGCUACUCUGCGCGUCGAUGGAGCAGGCGAGCGGGUCUACGCCAUCGGCGACGCGUCCUCGGCGUUCAGACCGGCCGUGCACUUGAUUCUCGAGGCUGUGCCGGCCCUGUGCGCCAACAUCAAGCGGGACCUGCUCGUCGCGGCGGCAACAGACGGCAGCAGCAUCGCAUCGUCAUCCCUGCCGGCAGAGAAGACUUACGUGGAGGACACGCGGGAGGCGCAGAUGGUCGUCGUCGGGCGGAGCAGGGCCGUCGGCGCGCUGAUGGGGUGGCGCCUGCCCGGCUGGCUGGUGUGGCUGCUCAAGGGGCGGGACUACAUGCUCUGGGUGAGCGGCGGGCUGUGGACGGGGAAGCAGUGGGCUAAGGAGGCGGCUUGA